CAGCGGCACCGACACCAGGUUCCUUCGUUACCGCGCAAAUUAACGGAAUUCCAUCUUUUCUCCAUUAAUGCAAUGCUAAUGAUAUUCAUCAAUCACUGUCCAUAAUUUAUUUCUUUCUUUCUUCUUCGAAUCUCAGAACAACGCUACCCUUUUUUCUUACUACUUGUUUGUUUCUCCCCAAAUGGGUUCUCUACCAGCGUUUCCAAACGACCUUUCUCCCAAACAAGGUAUUAACGGCCUCAUUGACGAAAGAACCCUCGCCAAUCUAUUCAAAUCCCAACAAAACCAUCUCAACUUCUUCUUCGACCGUAUCGACCACUCCCAAACCCUAGCUUUCACACGUACUCUUCUCGACGCCUCCGGCACCGUCUUUUUUACUGGAAUCGGUAAAUCCGGCUUCGUCGCUCACAAGAUCUCCCAGACUCUCGUUUCCCUCGGUAUCCGUUCCGCUUUCCUCUCUCCCGUCGACGCCCUACACGGUGACAUCGGAAUCCUCAGCGAUCGCGAUGUUCUCGUUCUCCUCAGCAAAUCCGGCGCCACCGAAGAGCUCCUUCGUCUUGUUCCAUGCGCUAGGGCGAAAGGCGCGCGUCUCAUCGCUGUCACAUCCGUCGAAGCGAGCGCACUUUCGACGGUGUGCGAUAUGAACGUGCAUUUGCCGUUGGAGAGAGAGCUUUGUCCUUUCAACCUUGCGCCGGUUACUUCCACUGCUAUUCAAAUGGUUUUCGGUGACACCGUGGCAAUCGCGCUCAUGGCCGCACGAAAUCUCACGAAGGAAGAGUACGCCGCUAAUCAUCCUGCCGGAAAAAUCGGCAAGAGUCUCAUCUUUAAGGUAAGAGAUGUGAUGAAGAAGGAAGAGGAGCUUCCAAUCUGCAGCGAAUCGGAUUUGAUUAUGGAUCAGCUUGUGGAGCUGACGAGUAAAGGAUGCGGAUGCUUGCUUGUUAUAGAUAGUGAUCACCGUUUGAUUGGGACAUUUACCGACGGUGAUCUGCGUCGUACUCUCAAAGCUAGUGGAGAUGCCAUUUUCAAACUGACUGUGGGAAAAAUGUGCAACAGGAAUCCAAGAACUAUUGGUCCAGAUGCUAUGGCAGUGGAUGCCAUGAAGAAGAUGGAAUCACCUCCAUCACCAGUCCAGUUUUUACCUGUGAUAGAUGAUGAAAAUGUCUUGAUUGGAAUUGUCACGCUGCAUGGUUUGGUUUCAGCUGGGUUGUGAUUAUGUCUGAAUAAUCUUAGAGCCUGUUUCGCUAUUCGUUCAUUGAAUCAUUCUUUCUAGCUAUUAGCAUUUGAAUCCGCCCCCAAUUCAAUAGGACUAUGGUGUUCUGUAACUCAAUCACCCAAGCAUUUCAGUAGGAUAUUUUUUCAUCUCAUUUUUGGUCCCAAAGGAUGCAAAUUAUUUGAUGCUAUGAUGGACGGUGAAUGCUCAUCCAUUCCCCCAAUUUUUUCAACUUUUUACCAAAUUUUAGUUUCCGGGUAUUUGGGUUGGGAAGGCAAAAUCAGAGGAUGAAUGAACAUUUAGCAUGUCGGACCUACUCAUCUUGUGGGUCUAGCUCUGUACUAGUAUCCGUGUGUCUAUUUUUGUUGUACUCGUGAAAUAAGAUAUUGCUGUAGCUGAAGAUUUUUGUAUAUUAUCAAUUUAUCACUGUAUAUUAGUAUUACUUGAAUUACACGUUUUCAAUUAUUUCAAA